AGUCUCCUCCCCCAUCAACCUGUGGUUUUUUCUUUUUCACCCAUUUAACCUCAACCACCUCUCUCCGUGCCUCUCAAAAUCUUGAUUACCCAGUUCAGAUUUUGGCAGCUAAAUUUGCAAGAGAUGAAGGGAAUGAAGGUAAAAUUGCUGAAAAAACUGAAAACGAUUCGGCAAAUCGGUUAUGUGAAACCAGACCGGGUUCUUCACGCCAAUGCAUCCGAUGGGUUCGUCGAUACUUUCACGAACGAUAAAGUUCAAACCCAUCUAUUUCGUAGAGAGCCAGAGAAGAAGCAGAUCGAUCGGAUCGGUGAAGCAGGACAGGAGCUCGACGUUAUCGACGUUUCGGAGCUUAUGAGAGACCUUGAAGACCAGGAAAUGGAGUUCGAUGACGAUGUGGACAAUAAAGAGAACAUUGGUCUACCAGCAAACUCGAAAAACUCAAUUGGUUCCACGGGCAAGUCAGACAUUUUGGCUCCAUCCGAGCUCAGAUGCCGCCGGAGUGGAGCAUCGGAUGCCGCCGGAUUAUCAGAAUUGAGAGUCGAAAAUUUUAUACACAACCCAUUAUUGGAGAUCGACAUUUCCUCUUUCAGAAGGCCGGAUCUCAACUCCGGCAGCCUCUUCGACCCCAACCUCCUUGCGGCCUUCCAGCAGGCAGUGACAGAGCACAAUAGAAUUAGCGAAGCAGAGAGGAAAGCUCGAAUCGAUAAAGCGGAUUGCGAAACCCGCAAAGAUUCCAUCGAUGAACCUCCAUUGAAGGCUCGUCGGGUUGAGGAGAAAGAUGACCCUCUGUCGCAUUUCGAAGAGAAGUGCCCGCCGGGCGGAACCGAUUCGGUAAUUCUUUACACCACGAGUCUCAGAGGGAUAAGAAAGACAUUUGAAAACUGUAACAGCAUUCGGUUCUUGUUAGAAAGCUUCCGGGUACUGUUUUACGAGAGGGAUUUGUCGAUGCACAAGGAAUUUAAGGAGGAAAUGUGGACGAUGGUGGGUGACAGAGGAGUUCCUCCAAGGCUGUUUAUAAAAGGGAGGCACAUUGGGGGAGCAGAGGAGGUUCUGGCGCUGCACGAGCAGGGAAAACUCCGGCCGCUACUUCAGGGGAUUCCGAUCGAUCGAUCACAGAGUCCGUGCGAAAGUUGUGCCGGAAUUCGUUUUGUGCUCUGUUUUAGGUGCAACGGAGGCCGUAAGAUUAUUUCUGAUGACUCGUCGGAUAGGUGCCCGGAGUGUAAUGAGAAUGGAUUGCUUAUAUGCCCAAUGUGCUGCUGAAUAAAAUAUAUAUAUAUAUAUAUAUAUAUAUAUAUAUAUAUGUGCAGUUCAUUCAAAUUUUUGUGGGUAAUGUUGCGUUAUAAUUAUAUAUUCUUCAAUUUUUUAAAGUUGGGGGGUGUGGCUGAAGAAGUGAAAAUGGAUUGGAUUGAAUUUUCUUUGGCUUUGCUAGUUGUUUCAUUGUUUGUGAAUGGACCAUUUCAGAUUCACCAUGUAAAAUUAAAGUAGAAUAAUUUGAAUGGGCUUUAGGAGCUUUCAGAACUCUCUCUCUUUGUUUUAAUUAAAA